AUGAGUCUGGAGUACGAGAUCCCUGGCGUGACGUCCCUGGUGCAGUUCCUGAGAGCCCAAGGAGUGCGUCUGGCCGACUCGUUCUUCAGUCACAGCACCAACGACGUCAUCGGUGGCUUCGAAUGUCUGCUAGGAGCGGACAUCAUCGGUGCAAUCAAGCCCAUGAGAAGUGUAAAUCUUGGGACAGGUACUGCCUUCGAGGUACAGGACGGCCUCAUCCUCUUCGGAAGCGUCGACGGAUACUUCGAGCAGCUGAACCUGAAAGAGAACACUGAACAUGAUGAAGGUACAGACGAAGCUCAUGGUGAAGGUGGACCGAGCGACUCAAACGAGCAAGAAGACGAUGGCGGAGACAGUUCUCGGAGCGAUGACAACGGUUCCGGUGGACGGUCGUCACCACUACCAGGCAACGUGAACACAAACAACUCAAACAUCAACAGCGUCAAACGCAGCACUCAAAACAGUGGCAACAGGUCUCAGCAAGGAGACUCCUGCAUGCUACAAGGCACGGACAUCAAGCGACCAGUCAACAUGGAAGCGAAGUUGACAGACAAAGAAACUCAAGCAGAUGCUACAAACGAACAACACACACAAACACUCAGUUCGGACACAGCUGAGUCACAAACUCAAACCGACACACACUCUACCGUCGAACAACAACCACAAGUCCUCCGUCAGGGGGCAGUCGAACAACAAACUCAAACGCAAACAAACAAAACAACAAACUCGAGACAACGUCUCAAAAACUCAACAGCCGAUCUCCCUGUUCCAGAUAGAUCUACACGUGGGAAACAGGAAGGUGAGACAUCGACACAUCUGUUGGUGCAGGCAACACUACAUCCUAAAACUUCAUACUUCCACCCACUGGCCCACGUAUCAAGUGACAGUGACGUGGAUCUCCAGCUUGAGCAUCUCUUCAGCAUCGAGAGCCUUGGCAUCCGAGAGACAGAUGAAAGUGUCUCGGCUCGAGAGCGCAGACUGGUGGAGGAAUUCUCCAACGAGGUGGAGCUGAGGGACGGCAAGUACUUCGUCAAGGUGCCGUUCUACGACAGCGUCACCAAGGUUCCUGGAAACCACGACGUAGCUCUCGCGACAAUGAAGAAGGUGCGAAACAAGCUCGCCAAACGCGGCCUCGCAGAUUCAUACACCGCAGUCUUCGAGCAGCAACUCCGAGACGGCAUAAUCGAAGAGGUCGAUUACAACAAACCAAGUACCAACCAGAGGGUGUUCAUCCCGCAUCACCCUGUGGUGAAAACCGAUGCACAAACCACUACAAAAAUCCGUCCAGUCUUCAACUGCAGUUUGAAGAUCGGAGAUCGUCCAUCACUCAACGAAGCCUGCUUCAGAGGUGUCGACCUGCUGAACGACCUGGUCACCCUCUUGAUGAGGUUCCGCACAAACAAGCACAUUCUUCUUGCUGACAUCGAGAAGGCGUUUCUGCAAAUAUAUCUGAAGUACGAAGAGGACAAGGACAAGUUCUGUUUCCUCUGGGAGACGGAUGACGGUCUGAAGAUGUACCGCUUCCGUACCAUCCUCUUUGGCCUCAACUGCUCACCGUUCAUUUUGAGCCACAUCAUCCAGAUUCAUCUGUCGAAAUACUCGACAAUGAUGGCGGCUACAGCGCUCAAGGAGUCGCUGUACGUGGACAACUUCAUAUUCUCGACAUCCGACGAAGGAAAACUUCUAGACAUCUACCGCGACGCCACCCAGAUUAUGAAAGAGGGAGGUUUCAACCUCAGGAGCUGGAUGUCCAACUUCUCUCCACUUGUCGACAUCAUGAUGUCUGACAACAUGGUCAACGAGCACGGCGCCGUCACAGAGAAGGUGCUGGGAUACUUGUAUGACGCCAAACAAGAUACAAUAUCACUAUCCGACUUCAACUUCGAAGAAAACCAACAGGGCAUCACAAAACGUCAACUUCUGAGCAACAUCAGUAAGGUCUUCGACCCGCUGUCUCUUGCACUGCCAGUCACCAUCAGGGGAAGAAUCCUCAUGAAGCAGGUGUGGACCGAAGGGACAGCAUGGGACGAAGACGUGUCGCCGGCUGUGCUAGCCGAGUGGCAGCGACUGAAGAAGGAUCUCCUGUCUUUGCGUGAGUUCCAGUUCUCAAGAGAAACCGGUGACACUGAAAGUGGCCAACCAACAGACCUCCAUCUCUUCUGCGACGGGAGCAAGACAUCCUACGGGUUCGCUUGCUAUCUGAAGCAGGAGGGCUCAGACCCUCAACUGGUCUUUGCCAAAAGCAAGCUCGCACCAGAUAACAGAAGCAUACCACAGAUGGAGCUGCUGGCGGUGUUCCUCGCUCUGAAGUGCCUGCCACUCAUCAUCGACUCCAUCAACGCUUCCAUCCGUCACGUGCGUCUCUGGAGUGACGCACAGGUGGUGCUCGAGUGGCUUGCAUCUGGAUGCAAGUCAAAAAGCAAGUUCACUGCAAACCGUCUUGAAGACAUCACAGCCAUGAAGUUGAAGCUCCAUCAUCAGCAUCAAGUUGAAGUCACUCAUCACUACGUUUCUACUGACAGCAACGUGGCUGACAUGCUCACACGGGGCCUGUCUGCGAAGGAGUUCCACAAGAAGCUGGCCGUCUGGUGUCACGGACCAGACUGGCUGGGAGAUCAUCCUGAGCAGUGGCCCAAGAGUCCUCUUCACUGCCUGUCGGAAGAAGGGAAAGUCAUGGUUGAGCUCCAACAACAUCAUCAACAGGUGGAGCUCAACACUGAAGCACAAACGCCCGCGACUCAGACUAUUCUCAGCAUCAAGGACUUCUCUUCUCUUCGAAGACUGCAUGGGGUGACGGCUCGAGUGUUUCGCUUCGUGAACGUGCUGAAGCACAGGGAGGCUGAUGCCAAGGAGCAAGCAACACACUACUGGUUGAAGGUGAUGCAGGAGAAUGCGUUCACUGAAGAGAUCAGCUACCUGCAAGACAAACAAGAGAACAAGUUAUUCAACUCAGCCUCAGUACCCAAGCUGGUGAAGGAAUUGAAUGUCUUCAUAGACAAGUCAGGUCUGCUAAGAUGCAGAGGACGCUUGUCGAAACUCAACCGAUACUCAUACGCUGUACACAAUCCCAUUCUCCUGGAUAAAACCCAUCGGCUGACAACGCUCAUGAUUGAAGAUCAACACCGACGAUGCAAACAUCUGGGAGUCGGCACGACGCUCACAGAACUGCGAGAGCACGGGUACUGGAUCCCAAGUGGUCGUCAAGUCGUCAAGCGAGUUCUGAAGGACUGCAUCACGUGUCAGAAGCUGAACGCGUUGGCUUUCGAGUACCCGAAGAUGACGAACCUCCCAAGAGAACGAGUCAGUCUGAUCAAGCCAUUCUGCAACACAGCAAUCGAUUACACUGGACACAUCUAUGUUGAAGACACGAAUGGAGAGAUGAGGAAGAUGUACAUUGUACUGUACACCUGCCUUGCCAUUCGCUGUGUACAUCUCGACCUUGUCCCCGACUUAAGCCUGGGUUCGUUCCUGCAGUCAUUCAGACGAUUCUGCAGCACAUACGGCGUGCCAGAGUUCUUGUAUACCGACAACGCUAAACAGUUCCUUGCAAGCCAGAGGGUAUUGUUCAAUGUAUUCACAUCAGACGAGUUUCAAGAAUAUCUUACUGAACAAAGCAUCAAGCACAGCACCAUCCCAGUUUACGCCAGCUGGGUUGGCGGAGUCUACGAGAGACAAAUCAAGACGGUAAAGCACUGCUUAUACAAGACAGUAAGAAGAGCCAAACUUGGUUACUUCGAGCUCCUCACACAGCUCAGCGAGAUACAAAACAUGGUUAAUAGCCGACCGAUCACUUACGUCUACAGUGAGAUUGAUGAUAUCGAGCCGUUGACACCCAACAAAAUACUCAAGCUACACACAAACCCGAGACUCCAGCUGGUGGACAGUUCACACGCAACUGACCCGCUGUGGGUUUCGACGCCUCAAGAUGUUCACCAACAACUCAACAAAACCCUGCACGAGCAGCAACAUCUUCAAGAGCACUACAAGAACAUGUGGUACCGUGAGUACUUGCUUGGUCUACGCGAGAAUUCGCGAGACCUAUUCCACGUAGACUGGGAUGACAAGAUUGCUGUCGGUGAUGUCGUCCUCAUCAACACCAAGAAUAAGCCUAGAAUGUUCUGGCUAAUGGGAAGAGUCCUACAGCUUCUGCAUGGAGAUGACGGGCGUGUGCGCCAAGUGCUCUUGAAGACGAGCACAGGACGCACUGAACGCUACGCCAUAUCGCACCUCUACCCGCUGGAGCUACAGAGUACCCACACAGGUCAAGACAGCACAAAUGGCAGCACCAGGUGCCCUGAUGAGCCGACUACGCACAACACCGAGACCGAGUCAAGCCCAGAGACCUCAGAGAGGGCUGCGAGACCUCCACGAAGAAGGGCAGCCAUCAAGCAAACCGAGAUGGUCAAGUCCCUGCUACAAUCAGGCAGCAUCUAAUCAAACUGUCAAACGAAUGCUAAACCCUGUUUAGCAUCAGUCCGUGGGAGGGUGUGGAAAUUCCUUUGCAAAACACUAAAAACCAGCCACUCUACCUCCCCCUCUCCUACCGGCUCCUCCCCUCCCCCCGCCACGCGUUGGACACUGGGCCGGGCUGGGCGGCGGGUCAGGCGACCGGUCAGCUGACCUGCCCCCGGGCGAUAACCACGUGACUGGCGGCCGCCCGCAGCCGCCCGCCUGAGCCACGGAGAGGGCAGUCGUUGUCCGUUACCGGUUGGAGCCAUAUGUGUUCACGACUGAUUUGUGCCUGAAUUCACCUAUUACAAAUAUACUCAUCAAGAGAUACCUACCUACGAGAACAUCGAGAGAUCUACCUACGCGGUUCGUCCCGGCAAACCUACGCGGGGAAGUACCAGUGAGACCGACCAAAUCACAGGACCGACGACUUCGAGACAAGACCUACGUCAAGCUUUAAAGACUAGUAUCUUUUGAAAUUGAAAUUUGUCUCUCAAGAAUCAAGAUGCCAAAUAGAUGUGCAGGAUUUGAUUGCUGACAAACCAGGGCCCUGUUUCACCGGUGAUAGCAGCACGCUGCUUUUACACGUGUCAAAUUGGGUUUCCAUGGAAACAUCAACAGGCCCAUUGCUCCAACACUACCACAAGUGUGACGUCAGCUCGCGCAAUUUGAUAGCAGCGUGGUAGCAGCGUCCCGUGAAACACCGCCCGGGGAUGAGGCUCAAGAGUCAAGAGAUCACCCUGCAUUGGCAAGUGGCUGGAACAACCCCAGUGCCGCACAGUUCUGCGGGAUAUUCCGGCACCUGCUCCACCGCUGCGGCGUCCGGCCCGGCAGCACAGGGAAAGUGGCAGCCCUCGACCCGACCAGCAUCCUGGCAGUCGGUCACACGACCAGCGGACGGGGAGCCAGCCUUACUACCUCGGCCUCCACCACCUCAGACAACGGUGCCACGGCACUCCACAUCAUCACGGAGCACGACUUCCAGCCUGGGCUGUCGUCUGGUGGGCAACAUCGUCACCUACAUCGCAGGGUUCGUGGUGAAGAAGGCGCUCGACUCUGUCAGCUGUAGCACCUGUCAGGAGGCCCUGGUGAGCGACAUCCAGCCGGACGACAUGACACAGCUUUACCACCUCUUCAUCAUCUCUGCCAGAUGAGCUAAGGUGGGGACGGGUUACAUGCCUGGGAUCUGACUGAGACCCGCUCAUACCCUGCCGAAGUGUUGGUGAUUUCAGCGGUCAGCUGUCUCUAGCCGGUGUCAGUGAGUCGCGGCCAGCUGCCGCUGGAGUGGGUAUCUACCGUCGAUAGCUGCUGUGUGGCGGAUAGCGUGGAUUUGGAUGGACACUUCAUAUUAAUGAGCAGAUCAAUGUCUGGCCGAUAAAAGACGUAUUUCGAUGAUUGCUUAGUGACUGAGUGGGUCCACUGGCGACCAAUGCAGUGGGCGCUGGGUUAACGCCUCGCCUCUUGUGACCGUGUCGAUAUGUAGCACUGUUAAUUGCCGAUUCGUUGCCGGCCGUCUCUGCUCCGUGGCUGGCUGAUCCGGCACAAACUGGUGUUCGUGGCUGAAGGCGCGGCUACAGUUACACUAGCUCGCCACGUGCCUGUGCGACUAUCGUCGGUGCUGUCUGCAAGGGCGAUGUCGGUGCCUGUAGGGGGCGCGGAUUGAUUCAAAGUGAGGAAUGGGUCAUCGGAGCUCGGGUCAGGUCAUGUUGGGCUUAAAUAAGCGGAUUUUGCGAUUUGCCGCAUCCGGGUGAAUUUCCUUGCCUUCUAGUGCAUUUUAUGCAUUUUACAUGCGUUUUUUUAGUGUUGAUGUCUAGAUAACGUGCAUUUGCCUCGAGGUCAAGGCUGCGCUUCAUAUGGGCAGUUUUCGGAGCAUCUUGUUCAUUUUAUUCGUAAUCCUUAAUUAUGUUUGCGGAUUUGUGCCCGCAAAUCAUUUUUUAAAGUAAGAUUGACACGGGAUUCGAGAUCGGCGCCCAUAAAUACACUUCACAUGACCCGCCAUGUGUCAAGGCCAUCCGAGGUCAUCUAAGGUCGCUGACCUUGUAUGACCUUAUGUGACCCGGUUCGCUAGAUUUCGAGAUGAGGUUGAUUGGGAAUGAUGUAACCCAUUUCGCCGACAGUUCACGCGUUUUGGUCGAUUUUAUAGCGAAAGAUCUCAAACUCCAGUGACUUUACUGGUUCGAUUUCCAGUGUUUGACCUGACCUCUGAGUUCACCCGUUGACCUAGUACCCUGAAAUUUGGUAUCACUGGUUUACUCACAUCGCGGACAGCAUACCUAUUUUUUUCCGUUCUUGCUCCGUCGAGGGGCGAACGGCUGGAGUUCACUCCGUUCACCCUGGCUUCCCCUACUCGUAAGACGCUGACAAACUACGAACGGGUGAGGGCUAAAAUUGCACUUAUUGUCGAUCAUUGUCCAUUGCAUACUGCAUACAUAGAUAUAAAGUAUGGUAGCCAUAAAGGGAAACGAAUUUAAUCUUAAAUUAGCAUGCCAAUUGCAUCUACCUUCGGUGCCGCAUAUCCUUUAUCAGCGUAUUCAGGGCUAUAUGUCUAGGGCUGAUGUAAUUACAUUACUAUAAAUACACAUGUUUCUGCCCUUGUUUCACAA